CCUCGCUAAUGAGCCUUGGCAGCCCAAAUUCCUACCGGCUCGCGUGUCUUUCUAAAAUGAAAAUGGAAUUGUAAUAAAGGGGAAAUCCUAGAAACCGAUUCUGAACUUUGUCUCUCUUCAAGAGCUCUCUCUCACAGACAAAGACAGGCAUCAAUGGCGACUGCACGUGAGGAGAACGUGUACAUGGCGAAGCUUGCAGAGCAAGCUGAACGGUACGAAGAGAUGGUGGAGUUCAUGGAGAAGGUGGUAGCGGCCGCGGACGGCGCCGAGGAGUUGACCGUGGAGGAGCGCAACCUUUUGUCCGUUGCCUAUAAGAAUGUGAUCGGCGCUCGCCGUGCUUCGUGGCGUAUCAUCUCGUCAAUUGAGCAAAAGGAGGAGGGCCGCGGAAACGAAGACCACGUUGCCUCAAUUAAGGACUACAGAUCUAAGAUCGAGUCAGAGCUUACCUCGAUCUGUAACGGCAUUCUCAAGCUCCUCGACUCCAAGCUCAUCGGCGCUGCUUCAUCCGGUGAUUCAAAGGUCUUCUAUUUGAAGAUGAAGGGUGACUACCACCGCUACUUGGCUGAGUUCAAAACUGGAGCCGAGAGAAAAGAGGCCGCCGAGAACACACUCUCCGCCUACAAGUCUGCCCAGGAAAUUGCCAAUGCGGAACUAGCUCCUACACAUCCCAUUCGUCUUGGCCUAGCUCUCAACUUCUCUGUAUUUUACUAUGAGAUCUUGAAUUCUCCAGACCGUGCUUGUAAUCUUGCCAAACAGGCCUUUGAUGAAGCAAUUGCAGAGCUUGACACUUUAGGAGAGGAGUCCUAUAAGGACAGCACUCUGAUUAUGCAGCUUCUUCGGGAUAAUCUCACCCUGUGGACAUCAGACAUGCAGGAUGAUGGAGGAGAUGAGAUCAAAGAAGCUGCCAAACCCGAUAAUGAGCAAUGAAGUCAUUGAACCUUUUGAAACUUUGAAGAAAGCCUUGUUUUAGCUUGCUGCCAGGUUGAAAUUGUGCUUUCUAGUGCUAGGCUUUAUUUCAAGUAUUUGCAACUUCUGAAAGAACUACUUUAUAUUUUAUGUUUCUAAUCCUUGGUUCUUAGUAAUUUUUUCCUACUUGGUUUUGUCAUUGGGAUGGUUUCCUUUUCCUCAAAGGAACUUUGCAUUAAGCUAUUUUUUUUUU